AUGAAAGCGAUUGGUUGGCAAGGUGGAAGCAUCCUAGCUCUUGAAACCUUAAAGCGUGUUGUAGUUGCAGGGAAUCGAGCAAGAGAUGCACUUGUUGCACAGGGUCUCAAGGUCGGUCUUGUGGAAGUUCUUCUUGGCCUUCUUGAUUGGCGAGCUGGGGGAAGAAAUGGGCUUUGUUCACAGAUGAACUGGAAUGAGUCAGAAGCAGCAAUUGGCCGGGUUCUUGCAACUAAGGUUUUGCAUGCAUUUGCAACAGAAGGGGCCUAUUGUACCAAAGUACGUGUCAUACUGAGUGCCUCUGAUGCUGAUCAAUUUGAGAAUUGGAGUUCAUUGGGUUUAGGCCUUGAAUUGGUGUCCUUUUGUCUAUACCUGUAUCAUCCAGAACAUGUUUAUCAAACUUUUCAUGGUGGUGAGGAAGCUGCAGUUUCCUCUUCUCUACCUUUGGCGAAACGAAGUGUUUUGGGCGGCCUCUUACCUGAGUCAUUGCUUUAUGUACUGGAACAUGCAAGCAGAGAAUCUGAUCCGUCAGUGACUCGUGUUUAUCAAGCUUUUCAUGGUGGUGAGGAAGCUGCAGUUUCCUCUUCUCUACCUUUGGUGAAACGAAGUGUUUUGGGCGGCCUCUUACCUGAGUCAUUGCUUUACGUACUGGAACGUAGCGGCCCAGUUGCUUUUGCCGCAGCAAUGGUUUCUGAUUCUAACACUCCUGAGAUUAUUUGGACACACAAGGUUCUUCAGCAUCUUGGUGAUUUCCCUCAGAAAUUGGCACAGCAUUGUCAUUCCUUAUAUGACUAUGCUCCAAUGCCACCAGUGACAUAUCCAGAGCUGAAAGAUGAAAUGUGGUGUCAUCGUUAUUAUCUUCGAAACUUAUGUGAUGAAAUUAGAUUUCCUAAUUGGCCUAUUGUUGAACAUGUUGAGUUUUUGCAAUCAUUGCUAGUAAUGUGGAGAGAAGAGUUAACUCGAAGGCCAAUGGACCUUUCUGAAGAAGAAGCUUGCAAGAUACUAGAGAUUUCCAUUGAUGAAGUAUCCAGAGACGACGCCCCUAAGAAACCAAGUUUUGAGUCAGUUGAGGAGAUACCUAAUAUAUCAAAGCAGAUUGAGUAUAUUGAUGAGGAAAAGCUCAAGAGACAGUAUAGGAAACUUGCAAUGAAGUAUCAUCCAGACAAAAAUCCUGAAGGGAGGGAGAAGUUUCUGGCAGUGAGAAAGCUUAUGAGUGCUUGCAGGUAACCAUGCAAGGAUUGCAAGGUCCCCAGACUUGGAGGUUGUUGCUUCUCUUUAAGGGCCAAUGUAUUCUAUAUAGGCGAUAUGGGAAUGUAUUGGUGCCAUUCAAUAUCCUAUGCUCUUAAGUGCCAUUACAGUGGACAAGGAUGAUAACAAUUUUCUUUCCUCUGAUCGAGCACAUCUUCUAGUUGCAUCCUCGGAGCUCGUUUGGUUGACGUGCGAGUCUUCAUCAUUGAAUGGUGUAGAGCUUGUGAGAGCUGGUGGAAUACCUCUUCUUGCAACUCUCCUUUCCCGUUGCAUGUGUGUGGACCAACCAACAACUCCUGCCACUGAACCGUCCGCUACUAUUGUUGCUAACAUAAUGCGAACCUUUUCAGUUUUGAGUCAGUUUGAAAGUGCGAGAACUGAGAUGCUCGUAUUUUCAGGAUUAGUUGAUGACAUUGUUCAUUGCACUUUAUAUUUCUUUCUAUUUCUUUCUUUUUUGUCUUCCAUCUUUCUUUUAAACUCUUCUAAUGAAGUUCA